CGGUAGUGUUGUUUAUUAGUAUUGAAAGUGUUAAGAUACCACUGUGCAGUCAUGCUUGAGGAAUUAACGAGAAGCUGUUUUCUUUCUCCGCUCGGAUGGCCAAUUCACCCACUGGUUCAUUUGUCUUAACCCACUCAGCUAGCAGAAGGGAGGGUGCAAACAUUCCCCAUGACCGUGAUUUGUUUCUCUCUUUCAGCCACGCGAUGAUGGACCUACUGGUUGAACUUUGCCUUCAGAACCACCUGAAUCCGUCCAACCACGCCUUGGAGAUCCGGUCUUCAGAAACUCAACAGCCUUUGAAUUUUAAGCCAAAUACUUUGGUUGGGGCCCUGAACGCGCAUACCGUAUUUCUGAAAGAAAAAGUUCCUGAAGCGAAGGUUAAGGCUGGCCCAGCCAAGGUGCCUGAGAAGACGGUGCGCCUGGUGGUGAACUACCUGCGCACGCAGAAGGCGGUGGUGCGUGUGAGCCCCGAGGUACCCCUUCAGAGCCUCCUCCCCGUCAUCUGCGCCAAGUGCGACGUCAGCCCGGAGCACGUGGUACUCCUCCGGGACCACGUGGCCGGCGAGGAGCUGGAGCUCUCCAAGUCCCUGAACGAGCUGGGGAUCAAGGAGCUCUACGCCUGGGACAACAAGAGAGUUCUUCUGACCAAAACACAGUCGGAGCCCUCCCUGAGCUGCCGAGAAACCUUUAGAAAAUCAUCACUUGGCGACGGUGAGACAGAUAAAGAGAAGAAAAAAAUUCUGGGAUUUUUCAAAGUCAAUAAAAGAAGCGAUAGUAAGGCAGAGCAACUCAGGCAGCCGGGGGCAGACAGCGAUGAGGACGCCUCCAAGUCCGCACUGGGAAGGGGCUCGAAUGGCUGCUCGACGACCCCAAACUCCCCGUCCGUGAAUCCCCGUUCCACUACACUGGGUCCAUCGCUCUCCCUUGGCAGCAUCUCAGGGGUGUCGGUCAGGUCAGACCUGAAGAAGCGCCGAGCACCUCCCCCUCCGUCCCUGCCCCGCGCGGGACCACCCGUGCAAGACAAGACGUCGGAAAAGGUAGGGAGAGGGCACCGCUCAGGACCGGGGCCCCUGCUAGAUGAACCCAUGAAUCCUCUGGAAG